AUGGCUGGAUGGCUACCAGCAAACCACAAGUCAAAAAGAACCGAUAUCGAUAUGGGUUUCACCUUUUCCUACAAAUCUGGCCUAGAUCUUAUGCAAAACUGCGACUUGCCUCCUCCAUUCAAGCUUUUUGCUGGCCCGGUGAACAAAAUCUGCAAGGUAGCGGGGCAGGAAGUGGCUGAGGAUGAAGUUGUGAUGUCUAAAGAUUCAGAAGAUGGGAAGUUGGAGAUUCUAAAGGCCUUGAGACUAUCACAAACACGAGCACGGGAGGCAGAGAGGAAAUGUUCGGUUCUGUUAAAGGAGAGGGAUGCCAUCUCCAAUUUACUGCUAGACGAAUCAUUGAGAUUGUUCGCCUAUAAGCAAUGGAUUAGAUUGCUGGAGUUUCAAGUUUCCAUGUUGGAAAGACAAAAGAGAACUGAGUGCGCGAAGAGUGAUUCUUGCAGUAUGAAACAGUAUGCUUCUGUAGCAUUUUGUUUGGCUAUUGCCGGAAUGGGUUUCGCAAUUGGUUGCAGUCAUAUAUUCUAA